GAUUCAGUAUGGGGCGUUUCCUGCUACUCUUCAUGGGGCUGCCUGGUUUCCAGCAACUUGAACAGGAGAAACAAAGAACACAAACGGAAUCUCUAUAGUGAUACAUUUAUUCUGCUAUGAGUUUAUAAACGCCUUACCAGUCGGGGAGGAUUAAGGGAAGCAGUCACGGAGGCGUCUGCAAACAGGUGUUUCCACCCACUGAGUUUCAUUCAGCAGACCGGUUACUAUGCAUGAAAGCUGCUCUAAUUGUAACAGGAUGGACACUUAAUGACAGUGUUCUUUUUUUUUUCUUGAGUUAGAAAAAUUAGAAAAAAACAUGCAACGCGGUUUAAUUAAAGCAUUUUUUAUAUAUAUCUUCUUGUGGACAGUCGAAUUUCCAUGCGUCAAACUUCACUUUUUUCCGGACAAUUCCUGAAUAAAGCCUGGAUCAGUAGAACAUGAUCCCUUAGGGGGUCAUUUCAGCAAGCUGGUUUAUUUCCCCCUCGGGGACUAUUCCAUUUCAUUUUCGGUGCACUUUGAAAAAUCUUCACCUCUGGCAUCGUGCUAGUUGCCUCAGAUUGUCUUUUGUCGCUGCGCUUGGACGUUUUCUUGUCAGUGUCAGAAACCACUUUUGCGGAUCAAUCCACUUUUUUCCUCUGGAAGUUUUCUUCCCCAGACCGCUGCCAAACUGGCUAUGGCAGCGGCUAUCGCCAGCUCCCUCAUCAGGCAGAAGAGGCAGGCGAGGGAGCGGGAGAAGUCUAAUGCCUGCCGCUGCGUAAGCAGCCCCAACAAAACCAAGGGAAGCUGUGAGAAACCCAACCGACUCAAUGUCUUCUCACGUGUCAAACUCUUUGGCUCUAAGAAGAGACGCAGGAGGCGACCAGAGCCCCAGCUAAAGGGGAUUGUUACGAAGCUGUACAGUCGACAAGGCUUCCACCUGCAGCUGCAGGCAGAUGGAACCAUUGAUGGAACAAAAGAGGAGGACAGUGGUUACACCAUGUUCAACCUCAUUCCAGUGGGACUGCGAGUGGUGGCCAUCCAAGGGGUUCAGACCAAGCUCUAUUUGGCGAUGAAUAGCGAAGGCUUCCUAUACACAUCGGAACACUUUACAGCAGAAUGCAAAUUUAAGGAGUCGGUGUUUGAGAACUACUAUGUGACAUACUCCUCCAUGAUCUACCGACAGCAGCAGUCAGGCAGAGGCUGGUACCUCGGUCUGAACAAAGAAGGAGAAAUCAUGAAGGGGAACCAUGUCAAAAAGAACAAGCCAGCAGCCCACUUCCUUCCCAAACCUCUGAAAGUGGCAAUGUACAGGGAGCCAUCUCUUCAUGACUUGACAGAGUUCUCACGUUCUGGCAGUGGCACACCCACCAAGAGUCGGAGUGCAUCAGCAGUGCUCAACGGAGGCAAAGCCGUGAGCCAGAACGAGUCAACGUAGCGCGGUAGCCAAGCCCAGGCCUGGGCUCAAACCAUGAAACCUUACCUCUCACAGAGCGGGAAUCUAAGCAGACUCCGAUCAACGUUCAGGACUAGCUACGACAAUAAUCCACACAUUGAAACACCCAGAUUUCAUCAGUAAAAUGUAUUCAUCAAGGCAGCAUCUAGAAUAAGAAACAUAACCUCAUAAAAAUCACUCUUAACAUAACCAAGAUUAUUUUUUGCUAAAUGUUUAUGUAUAAUUUUUGCCACAUUCUUUUUACUGAUCAGUUUCUUCAUUCUUAUUUAUGAUGUUUUUCGAUCACUUAUUUAGGUCAUGCAAACACCAGUUACUUGUGCAUAUGUCAAACAGGGAAAACAAGUCUGAUAUGCAGGUGUUCAGGGCAGCCAGUAAUGGUUCUUGUCCAUAAAGGCUGCAGUGGGACAACGAAAGCCCUGAUCACUAUCUCACCCAUGCUUCUGUGAAUACAAAGCCUAUAGACUCCCUGGCAUGGCUCAGCCUCGUCCUCCUGGCCAGCCGGACGGUAGCUAUCCUACGUCCUAAUGCACACGCUCAGAGACUGAGCUCCUUAGCAUGGGGAAAUGAAGCCUAUGUUUAACUGACCU